GCUGAAAUACCAGAACAACAGGAAAAGCACAAAAACCAAAUAGAGUCCAGUAGCUGCAAUACACACAGGACAACCAGAAGAAGGACUGGAAAUACUAAAAGGGAACCUUUCCUUUGGAAGUAAGAAAGGAAGAGCUCCAGCAGACAAGCUUUGCUGCAGAGGCCAUGGGCUGCUGGAAGCAAGAGAAAAGCAACACCUGGACUUUUCCCACCCUGAUCCUCUGCCUCUGUGGAUUCUUCUACAUGAUGAAACCCUCAGAACCUUUCCUAACACCCUAUCUAACAGGACCAGAUAAAAACCUGACCAUAGAUGAGGUUACCAACCAGAUUUUCCCAGUUUGGACAUACUCCUACCUUGCACUCCUUUUCCCAGUCUUCCUGAUUACAGACUAUGUGCGCUACAAGCCCGUCCUCCUCCUCCAGGGCGUCAGCUUCAUCGUCACGUGGCUCUUGCUCCUCUUCGCACACGGAGUGGUGGCCAUGCAGGCGGUGGAAUUCUUCUACGGGAUGGUGACAGCCACCGAGGUCGCCUAUUACGCCUACAUCUACAGUGUCGUCAGCACCGAUCACUAUCAGAGAGUGACGAGCUAUUGCAGAAGUAUCACUCUUGUUGCAGCCACCGUUGCGGCCGUGCUGGGACAGCUGCUGGUUUCCUUAGCAGAUGUAUCCUACUUUCACCUUAACGCCAUUACUUUGGCUUCCGUGUCCCUGGCAUUUGUUUGUUCCUUUUUUCUCCCAAUGCCCCAAAAGAGUAUGUUCUUCCACAGGAAAGAUGUCACAGAAACUCUCCCAGGACCAGAUAAAGUGGUGGCUACAGUCGGCUCCGACAGGCCAGCGAGCUGCCAAGAGGACAACAGCUCUGUAUCUGCUGACAGGGGACCAGCACCUGAACCGCAGGCUGAUAAUCCCAAGCCCCAGAAUCACAAGCUCAGUGUACUGGUGCAGCUGAGCAAGGACCUGAGGGCUUGCUACAGCUCUAGGAAACUUCUGUACUGGUCCCUGUGGUGGGCUCUGGCUACAGCAGGCUUUAACCAGGUUCUGAAUUAUAUCCAAGUGCUGUGGGACUUCAGAGCCCCCUCUCACAGCUCUGCAGUGUACAAUGGAGCUGUUGAAGCAAUAGCAACUUUUCUGAGCUCGGUAACAUCUUUUGUAGUACAAUAUAUGAAAAUUAACUGGGACCUUUUUGGAGAACUGGCUUUAGGGAUCUUCUCUGCAAUAAAUGCUGGUUCUUUACUUCUCAUGCACUUCACCACCAACAUCUGGGCAUGUUACGCCAGCUAUCUCAUUUUCAAAGCAUGCUAUAUGCUCCUUAUAACAAUAGCAACGUUCCAGAUUGCAGUCAACCUGAGCAUGGAACGCUAUGCCUUGAUGUUUGGAUUCAACAACUUCGUUGCAUUGGUGAUUCAGACCAUUCUUACAGUAGUCGUCGUGGAUUCAAGAGGCCUGGGACUGGGCAUAGUGACUCAGUUUUUAAUUUAUGGCAGCUACUUUGCAUUCAUAGCUGGGAUUUUCUUGAUCAGAAGCAUUUGCAUGCUUGUCUCAAGCACAUGCAAAAGGAAAAUAGCAAGAUCUUGCAAAGAGCAUCUGAACCACGCUGAACAUGAAUCAAAAGAGCAGAUUGUAACUGGCUAUACGACAUGGCUGUAGGGGUCAGGCAGGCAGGCUCACAUGGCCAGGCCCUCGUGGGAGAAGAGUUCCUACUGCAGCAUGCAGGGAACAGCAGUGCAAGAUGAAUCUACCACACAGCCCUGAAAAGCUACGCUGAAUCAUAUAGCACUUCAUUGCAACAUAUGCCAGCUAAGAGAUCACCAUAAUGGCACUGUGCCAAGAAGAAAAGAUAAGCUGCUUUAGAUUCUUAUUUACUUGCCUAUAAAUAGCUUAACAGCAGUGAUCUAUACACAAGAACAGAGGAACCACCUGGGCAUCCCACUGUACAUAAUGGCAAAGAUCAGAGAUCACCCUGCCUUGCUUGUUCUAGCUCUUGUAUACAGUGUUGGCAAGCUGCUUCCAUGACCAUUUGCUCAUGCGUGUGGGUGAAGGGUCUAUCCCCCCCUUUGCACAUACCUUGUUCUGAACCAAGGAAGAAGGGAUUGUGUUUCAUCAUUAUAUUCUUUCCUACCUAAUAACAUGGUUUAACCCCAGCUGGCAACUAAGCACCACACAGCCACUCGCUCAGUCCCCCUACUCCCCCACAGUGGGA